AUGGGGGAAGCGAUCGGUCAUUUAUCAAGAGCAGUGGCUCAGGUUUUGGCUCCAGUCAUGGACCAACAUAGUGAUGUCAGGUUUGAGGGCGUUGUCACUUCUACCCCAUCCUCCCCUCUUGCCCGCAUCCGUGUCGAAAUUACUCCGCUCGCCCACACACCUUAUCCAGAGACACUCAGCCUUCAUCCCACCUCAGAACCACCAAUCAUCCACACAUCUUCCCCAGACGCACUCAGCGAUUCUCUUCCAACCAACGCCUCAGAAGUAGCAGACCCCUGCAGGCCUUCCUCUUCCAAAAGUUCAUUUUUCUCCACGUGGCAGUUUGUCAUAGAUGCCACGUCACUAGACCAAAAGCACGUGCGCACCCAGAGAGCUGAUUUGGUGGAGAAGCAUGGUGUUGUGACACGGCAUGCAGGAAGGGAAGAUGGGGGUGGAGUAGGGGAGGUGGAAGGGGAUGGAGGAGGAGGGGAUAAUGAAGGGUGGGGAGGAGUAGGGGAGAUGAGAGUGAGGAACUUUAGCCUUAUGCUGAGCACUGUGCUGGGAUCAGAUGGACACCUCUUUCUCCCCGAGGAGAGGGAGCUGUUGGGAGCCUUCCAGGUGCUCCCUCCACCAGCUCAGUAUGUCUUCGUCCGAAUCUUUCUCCGAAAAGGCCCCUGGUUCCUCCUCUCCUCCCUUGUCAAGUACCUUCUCGACUCCCCAUACAGGUCUAGAAGCCUAACACAUCUGGUGAUCCCACCACCUGUUGCAGUAUUAUGGAGCGUCAAAAUCUUUCCACCCCCUGCACCCAUCACCCUGCCAGGCCCCUGGUUCCUCCUCUCCUCCCUUGUCAAAUACCUUCAAGACUCCCCAUGCAAGCUUCCUUCCAACCCUACUGCUACGACCGCCAAGGCCUGCUCACUGGAAUGGUGCGAGUCUGGGCUGGAAGAGGAACCGCCGUCUCCGUCUUUGAGAGAGUCAGAUGCAGCGCUCCUUACAGUCACACCCUCGUACAACCACAGAGAACCUCAAUCGAGCCCUGAUUCUAUUCCCGGAGGAGCCAUGCUGUUGCACGAGGCAGAAGCAGCAACAGCAGCAGCAGCAGCAGCAGAGGAACCCCUGAAUUACACGAAUGGCUUCACUCACUCCAGCUCCACCACCCCUGAUUCUCUAACCGGAGGAGCCAUACUGUCGCUGGAGGCAGCAGUGGCAGUGACUCACCGCCUGCUGCCCUUGCGCCACCUGCACUCCCUCGCUCUCUCCUUCAACCUCCAGGUCCGUUUCGCUCUCCUCCUCAGGUGGGUCCUUUCACUCUCUGGGUGUGCUGGGCUGCUCUCUUCUUGUGUGUUCAAGUGGUGCGAGGUUUCAUCAGAUCUGAGGGUGACAGCACCGGGUGGUAAAGGCUCGGCCUUGAGUCCCACUGCUGCCACCAGAGGCACGCUCCUGUCCCUCGAGGCUGCAGUGGCAGUGACUCACCGCCUGCUUCCCUUGCACCACCUGUGCUCCCUCGCCCUAUCGAUCAACCUCCAGGUCCGUCCGCACAAGCUCUCACGCGCCAUCCUCGCUAUCUCUGGUCCCUGCCUCCGCAUCUCCCCUCGCAUCACCCGCCUUCUUGCCCGAGUACAGCGGCUCUUCCUCCUCAACUCCUCCCAAUCCCUCACCACCGUUCUACCUCGUCUCUUCUUCCUCAACUCCUCCCAAUCCCUCACCACCUUUCUGCUGGUCGACUUUGGCUUACGUCGCUACCCCUCCUACCGCUGCCACCGCUCUGCACCGGUCUUCACCUCUCGAGAGGAGCUUUUAGCAUAUGAGCAGGUUCUGCAGUCGUGGAGGGAUCGGUUCAAGGUGCAGCGCGUGUACGCGGAGGUGCUGUGGCGAGGCGUAGGGUGGCUGGAGAAGCAGAAGCGGUACAACCAGGCAGUAUCAGAUCUGAGGCUGCUAGUCGCCUCGCCCUUAGCCCCCAGGGCCCGCCUAGGCACCUUCUUCCUCCGCCUCUCCACCGACCUGCACCACCUGGGUCUCGUAAAGGAGAGCUUAGAGGCUGCUAGGACGGGAGUUGCAGAAUGCACUGGGGACAGACACGUGGCAGCAGGGGAUUUGCUGGCGCUGCAGCGGCGUGUGGUGCGGCUGGCAAAGCCGCCAAUCAGUUGGAAGCGGCCGAGCUAUGUGUGGUCGGUGGCAUGGCGAUGCAAGGAGGCACGCAUCAUGGGACGUCCACUGAACACUGAGGUGCGCAUCAUGGAGCGUCCACUGAACAGCGAGGUGCGCAUUGUGGGGCGUCCAGUGAACAGUGAGGUGCGCAUUGUGGGGCGUCCAGUGAACAGUGAGGUGGGCGCCAAAAGCCGCUUCUACAGCAUGGCUGCCCUCUCACCCAUGUCCUCUCCUCUUGUCUCACCUCUCUCCUCCCCUCGCCUCGUCCCCCUCAGGCAGGGGGUGCAUGGUGAGGGGUUUUGGUGGGUCAUCCCCUUUCCUCUGCUGCUCUUCGUUCUGCUCUUCUGGGAUGUCAUCUUUGUCCCUGUGCCUGGCGCCUUCCACCAUCCUUUUCAGACUGCCCCUCUGGACAUGGGUUCCCCAUCGUUUGCAUCCUCCCGCCGCCCUCUCAUUCAAGCUCGCUUGGAGGAGCUGCUAGGGGGACGGUGCAGAGGGGAGUGCAUGGGAGAGAGAGGAGUGGGAGGGGAGGGAGGAGAGGGAGGGGAGGGAGGAGAGGGAGGGGAGGGAGGAGAGGGAGGGGAGGGAGGAGAGGGAGGGGAGGGAGGAGAGGGAGGAGAGGGUGGAGAUGGAGGAGUGGGUGGUUAUGAGGAAGGUUUUCUGAAUGAUGGUGCUUGUCCUGUGGACGGCACUCUUGUGGGCGGCACUCCUGCGAGCAGCAUACUCGGUGCUUGUCCUGCAGCUUCUAAUUUCGGUGCGUGUGCUGUGGGCGGCACACUGUUUACAGUGAAGCUGCUGAGGGAGAGAUGGCAGGAGCACCACGGCACUCUGUCUGUCGGCCUGGGGCUUUUGAAUGAAGAGGGGACAGCUGCUCCUGCUGCUCCUGCUGCUGCUGCUGCUGCUGCUGCUGCUGCUGCUGCUGCUGCUGCUGCUGCUGCUGCUGCUGCUGCUACUGUGGCUGCUGAUUCUGCAACAGUUGGCAUUGCUACUGCUGCUGCAGCGCCUUCUGUUGAUGCAGAAACUGUCCCGAACGCACCUGGUAGUGGUGGAGAGGGAGGAGCAGGUGCAGAAGAGGAGUAA